GUUUGUACAACACGAUACGAGGGAACUCAAAAAAUGAAUCAAUCGUGCCUCAACGGUAAUACGGCCCCUUGUUUCGCACCAAUACAUCAGCAUCGUGCUCACACAUACCCAUUGUCAGAUAAACAAGCCAAGAAAGAAAAUGGAUGAAGCAAAGGUUACAAACACCUUGUGUUUUCGGGACGGGAAUUGUCGUUUCCUUAUGGCACUCGCUGUCGGAUGGUUGUGUCUUUUCGUACCAUCGUUGGUGCAAGCAUCACGCGGCCCGCCCUACACCGAAGAAGUCAGGGUGCAAAGGCACCACGAGCGAGGGUACGAGUUUCCCUUCCAUUCAUACAACCCCGAUACCCCGGGAUGGAGGAGACUGAUGGAUCAGCGAUUUGAUCAGGUCAUGGCACUCACGGAUGCCCAGAUGAAGUGGGAUGGAUGGAUUCAGACCUGCAAUGCUGCCGUGACAGCACCGAAUUUUACUGAGUACGGAUGGGGCUUGACACAGGCCCCCGAUCUGCUAACAUUGGAUAUUCGACAAACUAUCUACGAUAAUCUUUCUAAUGCUCGAUCGGAAGGAGGAAUUGAUGUAAUCGGCGGCCCGAACACGCCGCUCUUUAUCGACGCACCACAUCUAAACGAACGUGCUCUGACAGAGCUUCAACCAAUCUUGGAGGCAUGGUCAGGUGUGGAGCUGGUGCCAGCUAUUGCGUAUGGAUUUCGGCUAUACAGGUGAGUUCCAUUCUUCGGAUGUAGAAAUUGUCAACAGAAGUCGCUCUGGCAACGCCGAGGGCAUACGGAAUGAGUGUAAUGAGCAGGUACCUGCAACACAAAUCCUGUUUCUCGAACGGAGUUAAGUCUCUAAAAUACAUAUAUUUUUUAAUUUUGCGUUCUUGCACCUCGAUAGAAACGAAUCAAAUCUAUGGAUGCACACCGAUCGAGCGCAGACCCAUGUGAUUUCCUGUAUUUACCACAUUGCAAGCUCGGAUGACUCGGAACCGUGGCCCAUCGUAAUCGAGGAUUACGAAGGAAACACACAGAUGGCUUACUUGGAACCGGGCGAUAUGCUAUUGUACGAAUCCUCCAAAAAUUUUCACGGGAGACCGACCACGUUUAAUGGAAGCUGGUACACGAGCCUCUUCGUUCAUUGGUACCCGAAGGGAGAAUGGAAUCGAAAAGACCACGAUAUUGAAUCGCACUAUGCCGUCCCAGAAGAAUGGAACGAACUCACCCCUACCUCCCGAGAACAUCCAGAUCUCAAGGUGAUCGGAACGUCAAUGCUGGAGCCUAACUGCCCCGAUAAUUGGUGUAAUCUAGCGAAAGCCAAAAAGGUAUACGGGCCCGGACAAUAUGGAACCGUUUUGACAACUGGGGGGAAAACAAUUUCGUUAAAUCUAGAAGAUGAAGAUGCAGAAGAACUGUGAUCUUUCCAUUUUCGUCGAAGUGAAAUAAAGCACAGUGAUAUCGAUAAUACGGUACGAAAAGAAUUACUUUGGAAAGAAAAAGUAACUUUAAGAAAUAAUCUGCAACAUG